CUUAGGAAGUCACUGUUUUUCAACAGAGAAAUGUUGGAGGGUAUGGAGUUAUGUGACCGCACACCACGCCCCAAGCCAAGGGGAUACGUAAAUAUACAAUUUUUAGAAGCCACCUGAAGGCAGCCCUGUAUAGGGAAGUGUUGGUUUUUUAAACGUUUAACGUUUUAUUAUGUUUUUUAUAUAUGCUGGAAGCUGCCCAGAGUAGCUGGGGCAACCCAGUCAGUUGGGUAGGGUGUAAAUAUUAUUAUUAUUGUUGUAAUAAACAAAAAUCUGCCCUUAUUUCCUUAUGGGGAACACAAGAGCCCUUAUAAAGUCCUUUACAGGUUCUCCAUCGGUCGGAGAAAGGAACAGAGGCCUGUCAGAGAAUAUUGAGAAGCAAAGCAGCUUAUAUAGACAUUUUAAAUUCCCUGCCCUGGAGUCCAAGACCACCCCCAGAUACAUCAUACCUACAUCACAGAAAAGGUGGUCUACAACAGAAAUCUGAGUGCGUUGUUUAUCUCCUGUCUGGCAGGUUUCCUGUUAAUGCUCACUUGAUUGGAUACUCUGGGGAGCCUGGCAAGUCUUACUAAAAGACAAUGGGGAGGCUUUCCCAUUUUUCUUUGAUCUUGAAGAGAAAAGUUUGAGGUCAAUUUAGGAGGGACAAAAUGGUUUCAGGACUUUCUGUGGGGUUUCAGACAUGUGGUUUAUAUAUGGAUGUACGUGCUUGGUUGGUGCGUUUAUUAACAUUUAUUAUAUAUAUAUAUAAAAGACCUUAAUUUCUUUAUUUCAUCAUCAUUAUUACUAUUGAAUAGGACAUCCCUAUUUUCAUCGCAGAAAUGUUGGCGGUUAUGUCGUGCGCAGCCAUUUCAAUGAGAUUUCCCUAAUAAAAAUUGCAAUGGCUAUUUGAGGGGCCAGGAUCACACCACACACACCCUCCCAAAGUCCUCCGGCGAUAUAUCUGCAUUGCGAUAAUCCAGGGCUUUGCAUGUUGACGCACCGCGACGGCUCAAGCCAGGCCUGAUCUUUGCAGGAUUGGGCCCUGUUUGCUGCCCUCAACAAAGAUGGCUGCCCUGAAGUUCAAGGAGGUGCUGCUUGCUGCUGGCAGGUAGGUAGGUAGGUAGGUAGAGGGGGAGUGGGGGGGGGCUUUUGGGGGCAGGAGUGGGGUGCAGAGACAGAGGAGGGGGUGCAAUUCUUGCAGGGGGCUUCCCUGUCCCCAGCUUUCGUCUGACAAAGAGGUUAGUCCUCUGGACCGCCUUGCAGGGACGUCGUGUGCCCAGCCAGGAUCUCGGCUUGGUUUAACUCUGGCAACUUUGCAGAAGCAACCGAUUUAUCAGCGGAAGCCGUUCCCUACAAGAUGAUCUGCUUCAUUUCCUCUCUCAAGAAGCCUUCCUCUACGCAGAUUUCUUUUUUAUCUCAUCUCGUUGGGUUUGAGAUGGUUUUUACAUGUGCAAUAAAAUCGGUGUUCCUAAAGGCAAUCACAGAUAUGAGAGAGAGAUAAAUUGCUUCAGGGUGCAUCCCAGGAAGAGAUUUCACAAAUGAAAUAAAUGCUCUCCAUCCCGGGCCUUUGGACGCUCAAGAUGUACCUUUUCAGGACUGUGCAUAUAUCUGCGGUUGUAAAGUUGUUUUGAACUGUUUUGAAUACUGGGUUUCCAUUGUUGCCCUCUGCCCCCGGGACCGUAAAACACGUCAAAGUAAUCUAACAAUACAAACAUCAACAGUAAAAAUGUAUAUAAAACAAUCUCGGGUUGAAGCGAGGCAGCCAGCCAGCAAUUUCAAACCCAAUAAAAGAUUUAACAACCUCAGAAAGCCCUUCCUAACAUUUGGUCAGUCUCUCUCUCUCUCUCUUUUUAAAUAUAUAUAUAUAUUAUUUUUACCAACCACCAAAACACAAACAGUGAAACCCCCCAGGCGGCUGAUACAUUGGGUAUAAAUAUUCAAUAAUAUACAUAUUCAAUAAUAUAUAUAUUCAAUAAUAUUCAAUAAUAUAUUCAAAUUAACCAUAUGUACACUUCUAUAUACCUUAACACUCCUCCCUCCACAAGGUUUAUUUAACUUUUAACAUUUUAAUUGCCCCCAAUUGUUCAAACCUACUCAAAUAAUUCAAUAUCUUCUCAAACCAAUCCUCCUCUUUCUCACUGACCUUAAGCCCUUUUAUGCUAUAUAUCUUCACAGUCAGGUAUUCUAAAAUUAUAAUAUGAUUCAGUUUAUUCCUCCAUUGGUUCACCCCUAGCUCUUCUGCAUUUUCCCAAUUACUCGCUAUAACCUGACUGGCUGCAGUAAUUGGUUGGUCUCUUUUAAUGCAAUUUCUUUUUUUCUUUUUUAAAUAUUUUUAUUGGUUUUUAACAUACAAAAUUAUAAAGCAUACCACACAAUUUAUCACAAAUACAUUCUUAUUGGACUUCCAUCAGCACCUCUGAUAAUCCUCCAUCUUAAUCACUUCUUAUGCAUUUCCUAACUUAAUAUUGCCUUUACAUUCUUAACAUAUCACAUCUCCUUCUCUAUUUUUGCAAUAUUUCUAAUAUUAUUCCUCACAGAACUUCUUGCAAACCUACAAACGUCAUCUGGUUGUCACAAAUACUUUUCAAAUACUGUGUAAAUUUACUCCAGUCCUCGGUAAACUUCUGGUCCCGCCGGUUUCGGAUCCUUCCCGUUAGUUUGUCAAGUUCCGCAUAGUCCAUUAAUUUCAUCCUCCAUUCUUCCAUCGUUGGUAAUUCUUCUUGCUUCCAUUUUUGGGCCAAUAAUAUUCUUGCUGCUGUUACUGCAUAUAGAAAAAGCUUACAUUGCUUUCUAUUUAUAUUGUUUCCAACAAUACCCAAGAGAAAUCCUUCUGGUUUCUUUAUAAAUGUACAGUGGUGCCCCGCAAGACGAAUGCCUCGCAAGACGGAAAACCUGCUAGACGAAAGGGUUUUCCGUUUUUGAGUUGCUUCACAGGACGAAUUUCCCUAUGGGCUUGCUUCGCAAGACGAAAAUGUCUUGCGAGUCUUGAGAUUUUUUUUCCGCUUUCCCCCCCUUUAUCUAAGACGCUAAGCCUUUAAUAGCCUUUUAGCAGCUAAUCCGAUAAGCCUUUAAUAGCCGCUAAACCACUAAUAGCGCUAAUCCGUUAAGCCGCUAAUAGGGUUGCUUCGCAAGACGAAAAAACCGCUAGACGAAGACUCUCGCGGAACGGAUUAAUUUCGUCUUGCGAGGCACCACUGUAUCUUUUAUUGCAAUUUCAAUCAACUGCUUCAAGUCCUCCGCUCUGGAGCAGGAGAAAUCAAGCUUGCUCCAUUUUCCGUGUGACAGCGCUUUAGAUAUUUGAAGUUGGCCAUCAUAUCCCCUCUCAGUCUCUAAAGAUACCCAGCUCCUUCAACCAUUCCUCACAAGGUUCAGUUUCUGGGCCCUUGAUCAUCUCGGUCGCCUUCUUCUGCCCACCUUCCAGCUUGUCCAUGUCCUCCUUAAAUUGUGGUGCCCAGAACCGGACACAGGACUCCAGGUGGGGUCUGACCAGAGCAGAAUACGGUGUGAUUAUGAUUUCCCUUGUUCUGGACACCUGUGGAUGCAGCCUAGACUAGCAUUGGGUUUUUCGGCUGUAGAAUAUUACUCAGCCAAAAGACCUGGUUGAACGUUUUCGUCUGGCGCCUAAAAAUAAAUAACGGAGGCGCCAGGCAAACCUGCCUGGGGAGAGCAUUCCUUUCCCCCCCCCAAAUGCUUUUUUAAUUAAUUUUCCAUUUUGUUGUUGUUUAGUUGUGUCCGCCUCUUCUUGACCCCCUGGACCAGAGCACGCCAGGCCCUCCUGUCUUCCACUGCCUCCCGCAGUUUGGUCAAACUCAUGCUGGUCCCUUCGAGAACACUGUCCCACCAUCUCGUCCUCUGUCGUCCCCUUCUCCUUGUGCCCUCCAUCUUUCCCAGCGUCAGGGUCUUUUCCAGGGAGUCUUCUCUUCUCAUGAGGUGGCCAAAGUCUUGGAGCCUCAGCUUCAGGAUCUGUCCUUCCAGUGAGCACUCAGGGCUGAUUUCCUUCAGAAUGGAGAGGUUGGAUCUUCUUGCAGUCCAUGGGACUCUCAAGAGUCUCCUCCAGCACCAGAAUUCCAAAGCAUCCAUUCUUCGGCGAUCAGCCUUCUUUAUGGUCCAACUUCCAUACAUGACUACUGGGAAAACCAGAGCUUUAACUAUACAAUUUCAACAAUCACCCACACACUUCCUUGUCCAUCGCUCUGCCGAGCAAUAACUUCCCUCCCUCCCUCCAAAAGGUUUUCCUGUUUCAGUCUACUUCCCGCAGUUUCUUCUUAUUUUUUCAAGUCCACGUCGUAAGAUUUAUUUCAGUCCUACUAGUGUCUUCAAAUUUCUACAGUUAUUAUUUAUAUAAUCCAUAAAUUUACUCCAGUCUCUUUGUAAUUUUGCUUCCUCCUGGUUUCGGAUCAUGCAGGUUAUUUUUUCUAGUUCCGUGUGAUCCAUCAUUCUCGUCUGCCACUCCUCCACCACUGGUAAUUCCUGUAUUUUCCAUUUUUGGGCAAACAAAGUUCUAGCAGCAGUCGUCACAUACAUAAAUAGACUUUGAUCUGCUUUUCCAAUUUCCUCUCCCAUCAAGCCCAGCAAAAAAAGUUUCCGGCUUUUUUGGGGGAAGGUAUAUUUAAGCAUCUUUUUCAAUUCGUUGUAAAUCAGUUCCCAAAAUGAUUUUGAUUUCUCACAGGACCACCACAUGUGAUAAAAAUCGCCAUCCUUCUCUUUACAUUUCCAACAUAAUUUACUACUCAUCCUAUACAUUUUUGCCAAUUUCACGGGGGUCAAGUACCAGGGGUACAUCAUUUUCAUGAUAUUUUCUUUCAGGGUGGCACAUGCUGUCAAUUUUAGACUCUCAUUCCACAAUCUCACCCACGCAUCAUGCUCCAUAUUGUACCCAAAAUCUAUUGCCCCCUUUAUCAUCACCUCCUUUGUUCGUCUUUGGUGUACCAUUCUAAUAAAAAAAUUGUACAUUUCGGAUAAUAAUUUGGCCCUGCCUUCCAACAAUUAAAUUUGAAAUCUGGGUUUUUUAAAACAUUUAAUCCUAUUUUCUUAUCACACAUAAGCACAUCAUUCACUUUGGUGGAACUGCAGCCAUCCUGUUAAAACAUCCUUGAUACAACUGUAAGGCUUUAAUUUCCAACCUCUGCUUUCAUUAGGAUUUCUUCAUAGGUAACCCACCUUCUGGGGAGACCAUUCCACAAGGGGAGGGGGGGAGCCACUGCAGAAAUGUGUCGCCGCAUGGAAAGGGCACACAGAGAAGGGCCUAACUCAGUUGACCAGCGCAGAGUCCGGGUCGGUUUACAUGCAAUGGAACUAGACAGUUCAGAAUUUGCAGAAUUAGUGCAGAAUUUGGUUGCAAACCGGAGCAAGACGGUUUGAGCAUAUUGCACCGAUCCUGGCCCUACUGCACUGGCUGCUGAUUAGUUUCCGGGCCCGAUUCAAAGUGCUGGCUUUGACCUACAAAGCCUUAAAUGGCUCAGGACCGCAAGACUUCAAGGACCGCUACUUUCCAUAUGAACUGACCCAGACCCUGAGAUCUUCUGAGGCCCUCGGUCACGUGCCUCAAGAGGUCCGGAGGAUGGCAAGGCGAGAACAGGGCCUUCUCUGCAGUGGCUCCCCGUCUGUGGAAUGCUCUCCCCAGGGAAGUUAGCCUGGCGCCUUUAUUAUACACCUUUAGGUGUAUAAUAAAGUGCCAGGCAAACACGUUCCUUUUCAACCAGGGUGAUCCGGUUGACAUCCUAUGCCCUUUGAAAAUGUGGUGUUUUGGCGAGGGGGGGUGGCUAUUGGCUUUUGUUUCCAUAAGGUAUUUUGUGGUUUUUUUUCAUUAGGUGUCUUGGUUUUAUUUUGUGAACCGCCCUGAGACCCCUGGGUAUAGGGUGGUAUAUAAAUUCAAUUAAUAAUAAUAAUCAUCAUCAUCAUCUUAUCAUGGCAAAAUGGAAGAGUAAUGAAAUCCCCUCUAUACAAGAUCGGAUCCAAAAGCUGACAGAAUAUGCCGAAUUAGACGGUCUAUCAGAAAAAAACAAAGAAUAAAUCAAAACAGGAAUUUGUCUCAAAAUGGGAGGUUUUCAAAGAAUAUCUGAAAUAUAAAUAUAGUAGUUUAAACUCUGCUGCAGCAUUCGAGGAACUUCAGUAAUAGUUGCAAGGUAGUUAUAAGCAUUAAGGUAUAUUAAGAAAAGGUUUAAUUAUGAUAAAAGCGUGUAUUGGCAUUAAGUAAUAUGGAAUCGAAAUGUGGAAUAGACAGGAGGUUGGGUCUUUAGUGUGAAGACCAAUUUAUAUUUUAUCGUUUGUUAAGAAAAUUACGUGUCUAUGGUUAUUCCUGUGUGAAAUUUGGUAUUUGUGUUUUCUCUUUUCUUGUUGUAUCAAUAAUAAUAAUAAUAAUAAUAAUAAUAGCUGGUCCUUGUGGUCCCACGAAACUAAGUAUUGAAGAAUGGUUUCCCGGCUCUCUGCAGGCUUCCUCAACUCCCCUUCCGAAGGACCCUCCACCUGGGGGUCGCAGUGGGGCUCCUGGUCUCGGCCAUCCUGUACAUCGGCCUGACCCACUGGGAGAACGUCUUCGCCCGCCGCAGGUCCGUCGUCCUUCAGAUGGGCAGCUGCCGCUUCCAGCUGGACCUUGGCGUCCACCUCGCCCUGUACCCGCACCUGCAGCGAUAUCAUUGCCGGGAGCUGGUCUCUGAGGACGCCUGGUGCCGCGGCCCCUGGCCUGCCCCAUUGCUCCUCCUGGCCAUCAAGUCGCACCCGGCGUCCUGGGAAAGGAGAGCUGUCCUGCGUCGCACCUGGGCCCAGCAAAGGCCGAUGGAUGGCUUCUUCCUCCAGCCCGUCUUCCUGGUGGCAACAGCCUCCGAAGACAGCCUGGCGCAGGCGCUACUGCAGGAAAUCCAAGUGUUCAGCGACGUCCUGUGGUGGGACUUUGGGGAGUCGCCCCGAAACCAGUCCCUGAAGGAGCGCUGCUUGCUUCAGUGGGUCCACAACCACUGCCAGGGGGUGGCCUAUGUCUUCAAAGGUGAGUGGGUGCAGGUGAGGUUGGGGCAUAGCUGUCAACUUACAGAUUUGAAAAUAAGGGACCAGCAGCCUCAAAAAGAAGGGAUCAGCAGCCAAAAUAAGGGAUUUUCCAAGCACAGGUACCGUAUUUUUCGCCCUAUAGGACGCAGUUUUUCCCCUCCAAAAAUGAAGGGGAAAUGUGUGUGCGUCCUAUGGGGCGAAUACAGGCUUUCGCUGAAGCCUGGAGAGCAAGAGGGGUCGGCGCGCACCGACCCCUCUCGCUCUCCAGGCUUCAGAAAGCUCUGCGCAACCCUCAGGAGCCCGGCCCGAAGCCGCACCGGGCUCCCGAAGGUUGCGCAGAGCUGCCUGCAUUCCGAAGCCUCAGGCGCGCUGAAGAGCGCACCCGGGCUUCGCGCAGCUCUCCGCAAGCCUGGGGAGACGGGCGCGGCUCCCUAGGCUUGCAAAUAGCAGGCUGUUCUGGGGGCUGUGGUCGGGGGAAGCUCGGUCUUCCCCCACGCCAGCCCCGUGCCUGGGGGGGAAAUAAUUUUUUUUCUUUAUUCCCCCCCCCAAAAAAAACCUAGGUGCAUCCUAUAGGGCGGUGCGUCCUAAGGGGCGAAAAAUACGGUAUGUUCAGCUUCUGAGCCCCUCUGAGCCAAAGGCAGAAAGCCCAGCCAGCAGCCAAACGAAGCCUCAAGCAGUGGUUCCCACAGCGCAGCAACCCGGGAAAGGGGAUGCAGCAAGGAAAACCACCGUCGCCUCUCCGCUGGGAAGCGCUGAGCAAAGGCGAGUCCCCAGGCAAGGCGGCCGAUUUGAUCAGCACAAGGCAUGCAAACUCCACCCCCCAGUCGUUCUCAGACUCCUUAUUGGGUGAGCAACACAGCCAAGCAACACAGUUGGAGCCUCCCUCCUCCCUGGCCGGCAGGGAGGGAGGGAGAGGAGCUGCUUCCUUUGAAACCCGGGAAAUUUAAGGGACAUCAUCCAUAAGGGACAGCAGCGGGACACAGCGCUGGGAUAAGGGAGUUUCCCAGAAAUAAGGGACGGUUGACAGCUAUGGGUUGGGGGGGGUGAGGAGGAGCCACACACCUGUUUCUUUCGGGGUUUGGUCUUUUCUGUUAGUGGAGAAUCCUGAAAAUUGUAGCAUUGGAGGGGACUAGUGGACGCUUGGGUUGUGAACGCGAUCCGUGCAGGAGGCACGUUCGCGACCGGCGGCACAUGUGGGUUGCGAUUCGGCGCUUCUACGCAUAGCGUGAUUUAGUGCUUCUGCACAUGCGCGACUGACGAACUCCCUUUUUUCCUUUGGGGGUAUUGUGCAUUUACCCUUAUCCAGUUAUUGAUGCAGAAGAGGAACAUUGCGAAAAGCUACAGGGAAACCAGGCAGAGGGCCUUCUUGGUAGUGGCGCCCUCCCUGUGGAACGCCCUCCCUUCAUAUGUCAAAGAGAUAAACAACUACCAGACUUUUAGAAGACAUCUGAAGGCAGCCCUGUUUAGGGAAGCUUUUAAUGUUUAAUAGGUUACUGUUAUGUUUCUGAGUAUAUUUCAGUUACUGUAUUUUAGUGUUGGAAGCUGCCCAGAGUAGCUGGGGAAACCCAGCCAGAUGGGCGGGGUAUAAAUAAAUUAUUAUUAUUAUUAUUAUUAUUAUUAUUAUUAGCCGGUUUCUGAUUUGAUUCCGGAAUGUCCCUGAAGUUUAGGUGGGUUCCCACAAGGCAGGACGCCACAGAUAACAGCGAGAACCUAUUAAAUAUACGAACUAUUUGGAAAGUAAUUGUAAUGAACCGAUUACGCUAGUAGGACUGCAAGAAGUUUUGUAAGGAGGGCUAUCUGAAAUACUGCAAUACUACCUGACAUUUAGAAGACAUCUGAAGGCAGCCCUGUUCAGGGAGGUUUUUAAUGUGUGACAUUUUAAUGUUUGUUUAACUAAAAUGUUUAACUAAAAUACAAUAACCUAUUAAACAUUAAAAGCUUCCCUGAACAGGGCUGCCUUCAGAUGUGUUCUAAAAGUCUGGUAGUUGUUUAUUUCCUUGACAUCUGAUGGGAGAGCGUUCCACAGGGGGGCGCCACCACCGAGAAGGCCCUCUGCCUGGUUCCCUGUAACCUCACUUCUCGCAGAGAGGGAACCACCAGAAGGCCCUCGGCGCUGGACCUCAGUGUCCGGGCAGAACGAUGGGGGUGGAGACGCUCCUUUAGGUACACUGAGCCUUUGAGGCUGUUUAGGGCUUUCAAGAGGACAUGGGUGGCGCUGUGGGUUAAACCACAGAGCCUAGGACUUGCUGAUCAGAAGGUCGGCAGUUCAAAUCCCACAACGGGGUGAGCUCCCGUUGCUCGGUCCCUGCUCCUGCCAACCUAGCAGUUCGAAAGCACGUCAAAGUGCAAGUAGAUAAAUAGGUACCACUCCAGCAGGAAAGUAAACAGCAUUUCCGUGCGCUGCUCUGGUUUGCCAGAAGCGGCUUAGUCCUGCUGGCCACAUGACCCAGAAGCUGUACGCCAUCUCCCUCAGCCAAAAAAGCGAGAUGAGCGCCGCAACCCCAGAGUCGGCCACGACUGGACCUAAUGGUCAGGGGUCCCUUUACCCCUUUACCUUUACCUUUACCAAGGGCUUUCAAGGUCAGCACUAACACUUUGAAUGGUACGAUGUUAAAGAAUUCCAAAUAAAACAAUACUCCAGUGGUAGUUACUGUGCUAACGGGAAACCCUUAUGUCCUGCCAUUGCAGCGAACGAUGACAUCUUUGUGAACCCCUAUGAGCUGACGCAGUACCUGAAGGAGCUCCCCAGAGCCUCCGACUUCAUCCACGGUAACCUGGCCAACGAGGAGCCCGUCGUGAGGACGGGGGAUGCCGCGGUGCCCUGCCUCCUCUACCCGCUGGAACACUACCCGCCGUUCAUCGCGGGGGAAACCAUCCUGCCCGGAGCCUUGAUCCCGGAGCUCUACCGAGUCUCCCUGCAGCUGCCCGUCUUCCCUCUCGACGAGCCGUAUUUGGGGUUCCUGGCCUUGGCGGCCGGCAUCACCCUUCGCCACGAGGGGCGCUUCCAGGUGAGGGGGGUCGCCAAGGACGAGCCCGAAGCGUACAAGGAGUUCCUGACCGUCCACGGGGUCUCGAUGGAGAGGAUGGAGGAAGUGUGGAAGGAGCUCUGGGACUGA